AUGAAAAAAGAACACCUCGUCAGACAAAAAAAAACUCGAAAUGCACAUGUUGAAGCGCUCACCUAUGCCGGGACCUCGGAUAAGGCAUAUUUCCCAACCCAAAUAUCAGCAUCCUGCCGGGACCACCAGCUCGCGCGACGUAUUUUGCUCGGUUCUGGAGUACAAGACGAUAUCGCAUACGCCAACGAGCGUCUGUACGGUACCAGCGCUAGCGCCAGUGACGGCAAACGGGAAGAAAACCAAGCCGUGAAAUGCCAAACAACCCAACGUCAUCUAGACCAGAGUCUCGCCCGACGGCCUCUCCCAAAUGCAAUCGAUAGAGAUAUAGUAGACGUAAAAAAUGCAGAGAUUGAAGAAGUGCACGUCCCAGGCCACGGCAUUCGCCCUCACCUGACUUCAAAUUUCAGUGAGGGAGGCAUCCAAGAGGUCAGCACGAGCAACGCAGACCUCGAAGAGCAGGCCAGCUACGGAUACUCCACCGCCGUCUCCGCCAGCCAAGACCCCUAUUCACUCAAAAGGGGGCUCAAGACAAACGACGAAAUGGCCUCUCUCAAAAAGUCGAAAAAGAAAAAGGCAGAGGAAUUUUACGAAAAACAAAAUGUGCUCAUUGGCGAUAUGCUCCGGCCGCUGGAGGAGCAUGUUGAGAAUGCCAAGGAGGCAGAGCGCAAAAACCGGCUUCCAUGUUCGCGGCUAUCAAGUCUGGCUCCCUCUCCUUGCUCGCCACCGCCUGCGACUCCAUCUUUGACCCAGCGAGCAACAUCCUCCUAUGGUGGCUCCACCGCAAAUCUACCCGUCUCGACGUCAACACAUGGCCAGUAG